AUGGGGGGCAAGUUCGAUGCUUUCGUGUUCGUGCUGCUCGCGGUUGGCUACUCGGUGGGGUGGACGACGAUCUCGUCCCUCGUCGACUUCUUCCGCGAACAGUACGGCCCGGGCGCCUUCCUCCAAAUGACGCUCGUCUACGUUGCGCCCAGCCUCCCAGUGCUCGCGUUCCAGGCGUACUUCGACAAACACCUCGACGACCGGUUCGGCCUCGUGCGCACCGCGCCCGCGCGCCUCGCCGUCGGCCUCGGCGCCACCGCCGCCCUCCUGUGCGCAUUCCCGUUUCACAUGCGCAUCGGAGGCGCGCUCGGGCUGCAGGGGCUGCUCGGCUCCCUCCUCAUCCUCGGCGCCACCUCCGGCGUCGCGCUCGGCACCACCUACCAGCUCGUCUCGCACUUCCCCCGAGGGUGCACCCUCGCGCUGACGCUGGGGUACGUCGCGGCGGGCCCACUGGUGCUGGUGCUGGAAAUCGCGCUGCGCGUGGGGUCGGAGCCGAGCGAGGCGCAGCUGCUCGGGCUCUUCGAGUCCGUCGCGGGCGUCGCGGUCCUCGCGCUCCUCCUGGGGGUCGUGAUGGUGUACCGCAACAGGGGGGUGUUGGGGGCGCCGCAGGGGGGCGUCGCGAAGGCGGAGGAGCAGGUGAUGGACGUCGUGGAGGCGGCGCUGCCGGAGGAGGUGUCCGCGGGGAUCAGCGCGGAGCUCCUGGCGAGCACGCGGCCCGUGAACGAGUUGGCGCUGGAGCUUAAUUUGGAGCUGCAGCCGCCCGUGAUCUCGACGGCGUACGGCGUGGAGUCCGCGCUGAUCGCGGGGGCGAUCACGGCGGCGCCGACGCCGCGCGCCGCGCCGCCGACGCCCGCGCUGACCCCGCGCGGGGGGGGUCGCACGGACGCGGGGGGGGGCGUUGCGUCAGAGCAGCAGAGCAUGUCGCUGCACGACUGGCAGGCGGCGGGGGAGCCCGUCGACGCCUCCUUCGGCCCGACGCUGCGGCCGGCCCCGAGCGGCCUCGCGGAGGCCCCGUGGACGCCCGCGGGGCUGCGGCAGCGGCCGCGCCGCGCGCCGACCGCCGCGGCAGCGACGGAGCGGCGGAGCUCCUCGUCAACCUCGACGGCGGCGCGCGCGGACGCGCGCGCGUACGCGCAGCACCACGGCGGCGGCGGCGGGCACGGCCACGAGUUCGCGUGCGCGGAGGGCGACCCAGACGUCCAGGUCCUCGACGUCGUCCGCAAAAUCAUGCCCGCCAUCCUCGUGCUGCUCGGGUCCGCCGUGGCGUCCAUGUCGGUCUUCCCGUUCUUCGCGUACAUCCGCUCCACGGGGUACUUCGGCUCCAUCCUCCCGCGGUACAUGGUGUUCACGCGCCUCCUGGCCGACGUGGCCGGGCGCUCGCUGCCCGCGUCGCCGCGCUUCCUCGUCCGCGACCCGCGGAACCUCCUGCGCCUCGUGUACGUCAAGCUCUGCCUCGUCCCGGUCUUCUUCGCGUACCUGUACGCCCCGGAGUGGCUCCUGUGCGACUUCGCGCCUCUCGUGUACGUGGCGGGGUUCUGGACGCUGAGCGGGCUGGUGCACACGUGCGCCUUCAUGCUGAGCCCGACGCUCGUGCCGCUCGGCAUGGCGUCCAAGGCCGGCGCCGUGAUGGCGUUCACGAGCCAGCUCUCGAGCCUGGUCGGCAUCGGUGUCGCGCUGCUUCUGUCGGCGCUGUUGUUUGGGGGCGGGACGAUUCCCGGCGGACACUGA